AGCGGAGACUGAAGACAAGGACGGACGCGCUGAAAGCGAAACUUGGAACAAAAGUUUGGCAAUGAAUGUUUCUCUCGUUCGCCGCGGCAGAGGCUGUUCGGUCUAUUCAUGGCUGCCGCUGUGACGUCACUUUCCAGGUGCUGCUGACCCGACGAGGCGCGAGCGCCCUCAGGAUCCGAGGCGGGACCGAACCGCUGGUCGGGGACCUGCACACCGAGCCGGAGCAGAAGAUUGACAGCGUCACAGAGUCCAGAGAGGAAGUCACACGAGGAGGACGAAGAUGGGGAGGAAGAAGAUCCAGAUCGCCCGCAUCAUAGACGAACGCAACAGACACGUGACCUUCACCAAGAGGAAGUUUGGCCUGAUGAAGAAGGCGUACGAGCUGAGCGUCCUGUGCGACUGUGAGAUCGCGCUCAUCAUCUUCAACAGCACCAACAAGCUGUUCCAGUACGCCAGCACCGACAUGGACAAGGUGCUGCUCAAGUACACCGAGUACAACGAGCCGCACGAGAGCCGCACCAACGCCGACAUCGUAGACACGCUGCGUAAGAAGGGCAUCAACGGCUGCGAGAGCCCCGACAUCGAGGCGGACGACUCUGCUGGCCAGAGCCCCGAGGCGGACGACAAGUACCGCAAGAUCAACGAGGACAUCGACAUGAUGAUCAGCCGCCAGAGACUCUGCGGUCUCCCCCCCUCCAGCUACGACAUGGGCGUCUCCAUGGCGGCAGCCAACUCCGGCGGCCUGCUGUACCCCCACCAGGGCCUGGGGGGCGCCGUGGCCAACCACAACCUGCUGCCGCUGUCGCACCCGUCGCUGCAGAGGAGCAGCAUGUCCCCCCAGAGGCCCCCCAGCAACGGGAACUCGGGGCUUCUGGGCUCUGAGCUGCCAGGGUCAGGGGUCACCAUGGGAAACGGCGGCUUCUGCCCGUCCCCGACCAUGCUGCCCCCUGCUGGCCUCUCCAAGGGCUUGCAGGACAAGAGCCCGCCCCCACAGAUGAGCCGCAAGCCCGACCUCCGACCCCUGAUGCCUCCGAGCAAGUGCAGCGGCAUGACCCCGAUGAACCAGAGAGUCAACCACUCGCAGACGGCCCAGACCUUGAGCACGCCCACCCCUGCCGUGGCCGCCCAGGGCCUGGCCGGGUACCCGUCCGACGGCUCGUCCCCAUACUCAGGUCAGUGGCCCCCGCCGCCCCCCGGAGCCGCCGCCGUGCUCAUCCCGCUUCUCUCGGCAGAGUUCUCUCUGGGCGGCGAGCUGGCCUCCCUGUCCGGAUACGGAGGCUCCGCCCUGGGCGCUGUCAGCAGCUGGCCCAUGCAGAGCCUGCAGAGUCCCACGCUGGGACACAUGGGGAACCUGUGUCAGACCUCCAACCUGAACCUCCCUCCGAGCCACCAGAACCUCCACAUCAAGUCGGAGCCGGCGUCGCCGCCGCGCGACCGCGGCCUGGGGAUGGUGGGAGCCACAGUCGGCUACUGCGGCUCCGGCAGGGGCCCCAAGGAGGCGGGCCGCUCGCCCGGUGACAGCGCCUCCAGCUGCGGCAGCUCGUACGACGGCAGCGAGGAGCGCGAGGAUCGCCACGCCAACGACGCCUUCCUCCUGCGACCCCUGAGCGGCCAGGAGGAGCGGCACAGCCCCUCGGUCAAGCGCAUGAGGCUGUCGGAGGGCUGGGCCACAUGAUGGCGCGGCGGCCAGCAGGGGGCGUGGCUCCCGCUCACUCACCUGAUAGUGUUACCCGUAUUCUCAUUAUCGUAUUCUUGUACCGAGUGUGUGUGAAACGUGUUCGCGGCCGGUCGCGUUGGUUCAGCUGCCAGACGACGUCAAUCGAGGAAUCGAACCCCCAAAACGAGUAAUUUAUUGCGCUCAACUUAUUUAUUUAUUUAUCAGACUAUUUUUAACGUCAAAGCCUUCCCUGCGAGCGGCCGUGUUUAUUUUCGCCGCCCAGACACGGCAGAUGUUUCUCCGGAACGUUUCUGGUGUUUCCUGAACAGACGCUGAAGGUGAGGAUGUCGGGACGUGGCGAAGAGCCACGGGGGGGUGCGGGCAGGUCAUGUGACAAGGUCAGGGAGAGGAGGAGCGAGGACGUGUGACGUGAGAGGCUUCGGGAGAAGUUUGAGCGCUGCUAGCAUUAGCGGAAGGAGAAAGCACUUUGCAAGAAGACCAGAACUUCAGGAAACCAGAACCGUUCCAGAGAGACAAGUCGUCGGCGCUGAACUCCCGACCGCAUGUCUUCCCCAUGUUGGCGCUCUUUUCUCUGCAGUUUUGUUUUGCGGCAGCGGCGGCUGAGGUUCUUCACAUUUGAAUAUUUUGGAUGAAAAGUGUAUAUUUGGAGCUCGAACUCUCAGUCCGACGCCCGGAUGUUUGCCCGAUACGCCGAAGCUGUUCAAGCUAGCACGCUGUUUGCCGCGCACCGGGGAGAACCGCGCCGAAGCUGACGUGCUAACAUCGCCCCCUUGUGGCCGACGCUCAACGUGACAAGAUAUCUGAAGCGACUGCUCGGACCUUCACCCUGCAUCACUUCAGAACCUUUUGCGUCUGGUUGACUAGUGCUAGGUCGGAACAGGUGGGCAGAGCCCCGACAUUCUGUCUCGCACGCGUUUCUGUCGUAACUCUGUCGUAUGCUGGACUCUUGCACUCGCUAUGUGGGAGAGCCGGGCGCUCGCCCUCGGUCUCGGGUGGACUCGCAGGAUUGUCUUGUCUCGAGCAAGUGGCGUGGGGCGCCUGACGGGGCGGAGUCAGGGCGGGGCGGAGUCGCUCCCUGGAGGGGCGUGAACUAACAAGCGUGUGUGUUUGGUUUGACUAUUUAAUCGUAACUGCCUGAACUGUCGCACGAGAGCAAAUCUGACCAGAUAUUCGCGACAUAAGCUGGACUUUGUCGCCACCUGGAGGCAAACGUUUCUCAGAAAAAUGAUUGAAAAAAAAAUUGUCGCAGUCCAUCAUGUAGAUCAGAAAUGUGCUGGUAUUUGUAUUUUGCAGUAAAAAAAAUAAAGGCUCUGUUACAAUC